GCGAGAAGAGGAUGGAGCUCAGAGCGAUACUUCCGGUGACAGCGAUGAGGGUGGCUCUGCUUCUCACAGGUCCCUGAAGCCUGCAACGGAGGACGGGAACUCGGCUUCAGCAUCCAGUGCUGUGGGAGAUGUGCAAGGCGACGGGGACGCCGACAACACGGCGAGCUUCGAACCCUCUGCGUCCAAAGGCGAUGCAGAGACGUUGCUCUGGCCCAAAGACGAUUCCAGCGAUUGGGGCAGCAGCUCAGAUUCCGAUGUUGCAGAGGGUGAUGCGAAAAAGGCUGGCGUCAAGAAGAGUCUCGGCACGCAUUCCGGCGUAGAUGCACGCCGAGUGAACCGAGACAAG